AAAGGGCAUUUUCUUAUCAGAUUGCAUUUCAUUUCAUUUCAUUUCAUCAGAAUCAAUCUAUCAAUCAACAGGAGCUUGAGAUAUUUUGCGAAAAUGGCAGGAGUUGGACCUAUCUCACAGGACUGGGAACCCGUCGUCAUUAGGAAGAAAGCCCCCAACGCCGCCGCCAAGAAAGAUGAGAAAGUCGUCAACGCCGCCCGUCGCUCUGGCGCCGAUAUUGAAACCAUAAAAAAAUCAAAUGCUGGCACAAACAAGGCUGCCUCCAGCAGCACUUCUUUGAACACAAGGAAACUUGAUGAAGAUACAGAGAAUCUUGCUCGUGAGUAUCUUUUUCUUAUAUUUUGUAUCUUAAACUUUGUUUACUUGUUAUUAUAAUUAUGCACCUUGUAU